CCAAACGCUACCCUCCUUAAACGUCCCCUUGUCCUGCCCCUGCCCCUAUAGCAUAGUACAUUAGUACCCCCACCUCCUCCUAUCUUUCACUAUUAUUGCCACAUACCAAACAAAUAACUGAAUGCUUAGAGAGAGAAACACUGAUAUAAGAGACUGAAAACUCAUGGAGGUUGGCCUCAACAACGACAACAUGGCCUUUGAGGAAACUGAACUAAGGCUUGGACUCCCUGGAGGAAACGCUGAAGAACUUCUAAGGAAGCGAGGUUUCUCUGAGACUCAAACUCAGGAUCACACUGCCACCGUAGAUUUGAUGCUUAAUCUUUCAUCCAAGGAACCAGCCCCUGGACCAGAUCCAUCUCAUAAACACAGCGACAACACCCUUCUCCCUGCAGAUCCUGCUAAGCCUCCAGCCAAGGCACAGGUGGUGGGUUGGCCACCUGUGCGGUCGUUCCGGAAGAACAUGUUAGCUGUGCAAAAGAGCAUUGGAGAAGAGAGUGAGAAGAAUAACAGCCCUAAUGCAAGCUUUGUGAAAGUUAGCAUGGAUGGAGCACCUUAUCUCCGCAAAGUGGACUUGAAGAUGUAUAAGAGUUACCGCGAGCUCUCUGAUUCUUUAGGAAAAAUGUUCAGCUCCUUCACCAUUGGGAAUUGUGAAUCCCAAGGAAUGAAGGAUUUCAUGAAUGAGAGCAAACUGAUGGAUCUUUUGAACAGCUCUGAUUAUGUCCCAACCUAUGAGGACAAGGAUGGUGACUGGAUGCUUGUCGGUGAUGUUCCAUGGGAGAUGUUUGUUGAAUCAUGCAAGCGUUUACGCAUCAUGAAAGGAAAGGAGGCUAUUGGUCUUGGUCUUGCACCAAGAGCCAUGGCAAAAAGCAAGAACAGGAGCUAGACUAGUGGGAGAUUGAUGAGCUGGUCCAUCUUGGGUUAGUAACUAAAGUAAGGAUAAGCAGAAGCAGGAGACAGGGAUGGACAAUGCAGGGUGUUGAAUUAUAGUUAAUAUGUGUAUGAUUAUGGUUUGUUAUAUGAUAUUUCAAACAAAAACAAUGAGAUGGAUGCAUGUCUAAUUAAGUACUAAUCAUGAACAGAAACAUAAUGACUCUCAAUUAUGUUGUUGUUAGACUUGGCUUUCUUAUAUAUCUCUGCUUGUGUUGUGUGAGUGCUUGCUUAAUAAUAAUUUUAAGAUGUGUUUGUCUGUUGUA